UGGCUUCUCCGUUCGAUUCGUUCACUUACGCUCACCGGAUUUCAUAAUGGCAGAAGUUCUUCGCCCUAAUAUCUACCUUCUUCGCUCAGCUGAAUGAUCACACCGAUUCAAAAUUCAGCAACGAACUCGUCACUGGCAACUUUGAAUGAAAAUUAUGAAAGGAUAUCUUGAAAUUUUCGCCGUGUUCAGCUAUCUGACCGUUGUAUAUGCAGGUGGUGAUAUUGGUAAUGAUCACGUUACCCCCCCACCAAAGCCAGCUCAUGGUAAACUGAGGUGCUUGCAUUUCGCAGGCACUGAUUACGUCUGUAUGGUGAAAUGCGAUCCACCUUACGUCCCAGAAAGACCCAUUCCAGCCUCAUACGACUACCGUGACGGCAAAUGGACGACAGUCCCUCUUGUAGACUCCAAUGGAAAGCCAUUUGUGUUUCCUUGGCCAAACUGUAUUCAAGAAUCCAAGUAAACCUUGGGCGGAUAUAGUUCUCAGCUGAUCAUGUCAUGUGAAAAAUCAAUAUGUAGUUAGGAACGGAAGGAAAGAUUUAAAAAACACACAAUAUGUACUCUGUAACUUGUCGAUAAUUUGAAAGCAAUCACUGAUAAAGAAAACAUAAAUUACUGUGAAACAGUC